AUGUCCCUCGCACUCGUUGACUCGCUCAUCUGCAUCGAAAUGCCCUUUUUCGCCAUUGCACACCAGUAUGCUUUCCAGGCCAGCGACUACAUCGACCCGACCAUCACGUACGCUGCGCGUUUGCCAUUCUACUAUGCGUUUAGGGACGCGUUUGGUCUCAAGGACGUCUGGGAGGACAUCAAGUAUACCUUCCGCGCACGCGGUGUGUCGUACAAGGCAUACGAGGCGGCCGACGGCGAGCUGCAUCACGAAGAAGGACGGCGCAAGCGUAUCCGUGCUGGAAUGAGGUACGCCAAGGGCGGCAAGACAAAGUACUGGAUCCCCGUACCGGGCGACGAACCGCGACAGUCGUCUGAGCGCGGUCCGCUGCUGCCACACCACAACAACCACGGCUACAACGGUGGCUAUAUCGCCGGUAACACGUCCCCUAUGGCGUACGACUCGAGCGACUCGGACUCUGACGGUGCCACCAGUGUCGACUUUUCGUCAAUGUCCGAAGGCGAGGACGCCAUGUACGCCCGUGCCCGACGGAUCGGGUACUCUGGCUUCCCAAACGUGGACGUGAGCAGGGAACAGGAGCAGAGACGCAGGCGGGAGGAAGAGGACGGUAUCCUCGCCGGACGGAUCACGCGCCAGAGCAUCGGGGACGACAACAGCGCGGCGCCUGCGCGCCGUGGCGAGCGGCGGAGCGCCAAGAACCAGCGAGCCGGUCUCGGCAAGGGCAAGGAGAACGGCAACGGCAACGUAAAGGGCAAGGCCCGUAUGGGCGUGUACGGCGCGUGGGCGGACCGCGUCACGUCUGUGGAACGCCCGCUGGUCGCUGCCGACGUCGACGACGCGCCGUUUGACGGCGAAAACGAGAACCCGGGCGCGUGGCGCACGACCGUCGACGGCGAGGCGACGCAGUUGACAUGGACGCGCAACCGCAUGUCCGCCCCGCGGCCGCCUGUUGCUGCCCGCGCGUUCGUGCUCGAGGACACACCCGACCCCGAGGAGGCAUCACCGGCGUCCGUCGUGGAACGCUCAGACGCCGUCGACCUCGUGAGCCACGAGCAAGUCGUCGAGGCCACGCGGCCGAGGACGAAGAGCGAUCGCAGGGAGGAGGCGAGGGAGGCAAGGGUCAAGGCGCGUACGGGAGGUACACCGCCACAGCGUCUCGAGCCGGCGGUGGACCAACUCGUCGAGGCGGCGCCGCCGCCAGCAGCAGUCUACUCGCCACCGUCACCCGUGGCCGCGCCGCGUGGCACGUCACCUGCCCGUGGCGGGUUUGCCCCCUCGUCCUUCCGUGUCCCUUCUUAUGCGCGCUGGUCGCAGCCCGACGACGAGAACCCCUGGGCAUAG